GGUGGGUUAGUAGAGGCGAGGCUAGGCGCCGCGGCUGUGCUCGGCCUGGGCCAGUCUGUGCCAAGCCCGGGCGCAGCCAAGCAGGCGCAGCCGAGGCGCCCCGCAGGAGUCAGCACCCGCACCGAGUCCCCGCAGCCGCAGCGCCUCCCCGCGCGGAGCAGCGCGGAGUUCGGAGUCCCUCGCCCGGCCGGACCGGAACCUGCCCCGCACCGCGGUGUCACCGGGACCCACCCGGCUGCAGCGUUUAGUCGCGACGGUUCGCGUCGCGAGACAAACGUAUGGAACCGUGAACGCCGCGCCGGCAUGACCCCAGGCCCCGCCAUGGCCUCCUUCGCGUCCAAGCUCACCAAGCCCACGCCGCUGUCCAAGCUCCGGUGAGUGAGGAAGGGUCUGGUGCGGGUGUUGGGCGGCAGCUUGCCGGGGGAGGCCGGCGGCCCGACGUCCCGGAACAGCGGUCAGUUUCCCGCGGAAACACUCCUCGCCGGUCAAAGGAUGACGCCAACGGAGCGGACACACUCCAGCCAGCUGACUGGCUGGAGGCUGGAGAAUUGUUUACGCAGGCCACAGCUCGGAGGGGCGCUGCUCAGCGUUGUAGUGCUCCUGCUCAUGGCCACCUGCCCCUUCCUCUGUUUCGUGUGGCACGCGGCCAGUACCCUGGCGCGCUUCUUCCCCAAGCUCAACAUUGCCACCAUCAAAGCAAAGAUCUACACGUACUUCCUGAGACUCGCCAUCUUCUUCUUCGUGCGGGCGCCGGGUCUAAAGGUUCACCUCUACGGAGACGCCAGAGAGGUCAUGCUGAGGGACGAGAACGUUCUGUACAUGUCCAACCACCAGUCCUCAUUGGAUUGGCUGGUGGCUUGCAUCCUGGCCUUGAAGGCCAAGUGCCUCGAUAGGAUCAAGUUCAUCAUGAAGCAGGAGCUGCACUGGGUGCCUAUGGUGGGAUACUACAUCAGUGUUAUCGGUCACAUAUACGUACGUAGGAGAGGCUUCAGGCCGGAUCGGCUCAUCGAGCAAGUGAAUGAAUACAAAAAGACGCAGACGCCUAUUUGGGUCGGCAUCUUUCCUGAGGGCACCCGGUUCAACCCUGAGGACAGAAAGGCCAUCAGCUAUUCCGAGGAGAUGGCCAAGACAUCCAACCUGCCGCCGCUGAGACACCAACUGACUCCGCGGCCGAAGGGGUCGUGGCUGCUGCUGGACAACAUGCGGACCCACCUCAGCGCCGUGUACAGCGUGACGUUGGUGUACGAGCAGGCCGAACCCCGGGGCCAGCGCGCCAAGCCACCGAGUGCGGCAGACGUGAUCCGUGGCCAGUGCUCCAACGUCCACGUCCACGUCAAGAGGAUCCCCAUCGAGGACGUGCCGAAGGAGGAGGCAGACUUCCUGCCCUGGCUGCACAACGAGUCCAUGGAGCGGGACAGGUGAGUCGCAAACAACUUACAACACACGUCGUUU